UUUAAAAAUCAUUUGACAAUUGCAGCGACUACAAGCAAAAAAGCAAAGCGGAUUUUAUCAAAGAGUAUUCAUUAUUUAAAUAGUUGGUGAUUAAAAUAAAAAGAAUCUUCUCGAAAGUCACAAGAAAACAAUAAUCCAAAAUGCAGAUCUUUGUGAAGACCUUGACUGGAAAGACCAUCACUCUGGAGGUGGAGCCUUCGGACACCAUUGAGAAUGUGAAGGCCAAGAUCCAAGACAAAGAGGGUAUUCCCCCAGAUCAGCAGCGUUUAAUCUUUGCUGGCAAGCAACUAGAAGAUGGCCGCACUCUUUCCGAUUACAACAUCCAGAAGGAGUCCACUCUUCACUUGGUUCUCCGUCUCCGUGGAGGUAUGCAGAUCUUCGUGAAGACCCUGACAGGCAAGACCAUUACGUUGGAAGUGGAGCCUUCGGACACCAUUGAGAACGUGAAGGCCAAGAUCCAAGACAAGGAGGGCAUUCCCCCAGAUCAGCAGCGUUUGAUCUUUGCUGGCAAGCAACUAGAAGAUGGCCGCACUCUUUCCGAUUACAACAUCCAGAAGGAGUCCACUCUUCACUUGGUUCUCCGUCUCCGUGGAGGUAUGCAGAUCUUCGUGAAGACCCUGACAGGCAAGACCAUUACGUUGGAAGUGGAGCCUUCGGACACCAUUGAGAACGUGAAGGCCAAGAUCCAAGACAAGGAGGGCAUUCCCCCAGAUCAGCAGCGUUUGAUCUUUGCUGGCAAGCAACUGGAGGACGGACGCACACUGUCGGACUACAACAUUCAGAAGGAGUCCACCCUUCACUUGGUUCUCCGUUUGCGUGGAGGUAUGCAGAUCUUCGUGAAGACCCUGACUGGCAAGACCAUCACUCUGGAAGUGGAGCCAUCCGACACCAUUGAGAAUGUGAAGGCGAAGAUCCAGGACAAGGAGGGUAUCCCUCCAGACCAGCAGCGUCUGAUCUUCGCCGGAAAGCAGCUCGAAGAUGGACGCACACUGUCCGACUACAACAUCCAGAAGGAGUCCACACUUCACUUGGUUCUCCGUCUCCGUGGAGGUAUGCAGAUCUUCGUGAAGACCCUGACUGGCAAGACCAUUACGUUGGAAGUGGAGCCUUCGGACACCAUUGAGAACGUGAAGGCCAAGAUCCAAGACAAGGAGGGCAUUCCCCCAGAUCAGCAGCGUUUGAUCUUUGCUGGCAAGCAACUGGAGGACGGACGCACACUGUCGGACUACAAUAUCCAGAAGGAGUCCACCCUUCACUUGGUUCUCCGUUUGCGUGGAGGUAUGCAGAUCUUCGUGAAGACCCUGACUGGCAAGACCAUCACUCUGGAAGUGGAGCCAUCCGACACCAUUGAGAAUGUGAAGGCCAAGAUCCAGGACAAGGAGGGUAUCCCUCCAGACCAGCAGCGUCUGAUCUUCGCCGGAAAGCAGCUCGAAGAUGGACGCACACUGUCCGACUACAACAUCCAGAAGGAGUCCACCCUUCACUUGGUUCUCCGUCUCCGUGGAGGUAUGCAGAUCUUCGUGAAGACCCUGACUGGCAAGACCAUUACGUUGGAAGUGGAGCCUUCGGACACCAUUGAGAACGUGAAGGCCAAGAUCCAAGACAAGGAGGGCAUUCCCCCAGAUCAGCAGCGUUUGAUCUUUGCUGGCAAGCAACUGGAGGACGGACGCACACUGUCGGACUACAACAUCCAGAAGGAGUCCACCCUUCACUUGGUUCUCCGUCUCCGUGGAGGUAUGCAGAUCUUCGUAAAGACCCUGACUGGCAAGACCAUUACGUUGGAAGUGGAGCCUUCGGACACCAUUGAGAACGUGAAGGCCAAGAUCCAAGACAAGGAGGGCAUUCCCCCAGAUCAGCAGCGUUUGAUCUUUGCUGGCAAGCAACUGGAGGACGGACGCACACUGUCGGACUACAACAUCCAGAAGGAGUCCACCCUUCACUUGGUUCUCCGUUUGCGUGGAGGUAUGCAGAUCUUCGUGAAGACCCUGACUGGCAAGACCAUCACUCUGGAAGUGGAGCCAUCCGACACCAUUGAGAAUGUGAAGGCCAAGAUCCAGGACAAGGAGGGUAUCCCUCCAGACCAGCAGCGUCUGAUCUUCGCCGGAAAGCAUCUCGAAGAUGGACGCAUUUCCGAUUACAACAUCCAGAAGGAGUCCACUCUUCACUUGGUUCUCCGUUUGCGUGGAGGUAUGCAGAUCUUCGUGAAGACCCUGACUGGCAAGACCAUCACUCUGGAAGUGGAGCCAUCCGACACCAUUGAGAAUGUUAAGGCCAAGAUCCAAGACAAGGAGGGUAUCCCUCCAGACCAGCAGCGUCUGAUCUUCGCCGGAAAGCAGCUCGAAGAUGGACGCACACUGUCCGACUACAACAUCCAGAAGGAGUCCACCCUUCACUUGGUUCUCCGUCUCCGUGGAGGUAUGCAGAUCUUCGUGAAGACCCUGACUGGCAAGACCAUCACUCUGGAAGUGGAGCCAUCCGACACCAUUGAGAAUGUGAAGGC